UACCUUUUGUCAUUUGUCACCCUCAACAACAACUCUACAUCUUGUACACUACAAAUGUUAAAAAUAGACAACCGUGUUUUAAGUAAAUAAACUUAUCUAGAUGUUCAAUGUUGAGUUACAAAAGUGAAUGUUGAUUACAUUUAUUUAAUGUAGGCCUACCUAUCAUACAAACAGCAAGUGCCGCUUGGUUUGGUGUUGCUAAAAGGACCACUCGUAGGCCUAGCCUAACUUAUAUUGUAAAUAAAUUGGGUAUUGUGGAUUGUUUUUUGACUGGCUCAUCUUUAUGAUGAAAGCGGUGGUUGUACUUUUAUGUUUUACAGCUCUGAUAUCAACUUGUUAUGGACUUGGAAAUGGUUCAGGAAAAGGUUCCCCAUAUUUUGGUCGAUCAGCUUAUAAAUCUGAUGGCCAGAGACCUGUGUACAAUGGCCUUGGUUACGCUAAUGGAGACUAUCAAAUGAAGCAAGCUUCAGCUGCGAAGCCAGUGGAGUCAAAGCCCAGUCGCGGCAUUGGCCUCUCUGCGUGGGGCAUCAUCGCAGUGAUGGCUGGUGGAGUGUUUUUCUGCACCGCUGCGUACUACGCCGUUCUGUUCUAUCCCAUACUCUGCAAGAAGGAACGCAAGUACGACAUUAUGGAGCUCAACUCUGUUUAACACAACCAAAACAUGAGAAUGGAUUGUUGUCCGACUGCUCCUCCUGCCAUAGACAAUGUAGACAAUGUCCCCGCUUUAAGCACACCUGUCUAAAUUCUCUCUACACUCUUAGUCCAUCUUUGUCUGACAGCCUCUAGUCAGCUUCGUGCGGCCAGUCUUCAGUCUCAUUAACAUAAACCGGGUGCUGGUAAGUGGGAUAUUCAUUGUAAACUAUUUUAAUGUGGAAUCUUAGUGAGUAGGUUGUGAUUUAGUUGUUAUAUCGUUAGGCCCUAUUGCAUUUAUGUUUUGAUACAUUUGUGCAAUUGCUAAAGCCAGAAAAGUUUGGUUUUGUGGAAACUUUUUUGACAUUUUUCCAACAGCUUCCAUGACAAAAUAACAAAUCAAUAAGCUAAUCUUUCUAACUGUGAUAAGUAUUUUCAUGAACAACUUGUUAAAUUGUGCAACACUGAACAAAGUUUUUGUGAUAAAAUCAGAUUGCAAAAUCACUUAGUUCCUAAUUAUUGUUGAUAAUUUGUGACGGAAUUAGUCUACACCGAUUAGAACUUUCAAAGACUGCAUUUUGUGUUGAAGUGUUUAAGGGCUUGGCCGAGUUAUAUAAAUCUUAAAAUAGUUUUUCUAUCCUACUUUACUUUAGUAUGUUAUCCGAGUUUAGAUUCUAUUAUCUAUUUAAUGCUAUCACUGCAUUUAUCCUAUUGUAAUAAUAUGAAUAAUAUGUAAUAAUAUGUAAGGAGGUUUGAGAUCAACAUUUUUUGAUUCCAAGUGUGCAUUUUCACUAUGUUUUAUACAAAUAUGGGCCUAUGAUUGAUUUCUUGUAAGAUUUUCAGAUAUUACACUAGUGAGAGGGAUUUUAAUAUAAUAUUUUGCAGCAUGAUUUUGCAACCUUUUUUACAACUGGACAAAAGAUGUUUUUAAGUAUGAUCAUACUAGGGGUGUUGAAUGAAGUUUAUUGUUAUGAUGUAAAUAUUUGGAGCUUAUUUUACAAGCAAGUAAACUGAAUAUGUUCAAAUACUCAUUUUCUGCUUAAUGAUAAUAUGUAGUUAGUAGGCCAACAUGUAUAAACUGUUUGGUGAUGGAAGCAAAAAUUCUCUUUUGUCCAAUUAAUUAUAAAAAAAUAUAUCAAAUGAUAAUAUCCAUCCCCUUUUCUGGGAACCUUUAUUUGGAUUUGUGUUUUUGUGUAUUCUAGGCCUAAUGACAGCCUUGGUAAUAAGUUUUGAUUGGUUGGUUUGUUACAAAUAAUAACAAACUAUAUUUACACCUAAAAAUUCUUCUCUUAAGACUUUUUUUCUCGUACAUUUGCUUCAUGCGCCAUUGUACAAUGAAAUAGUACGAAACAAAAACUAAACUUGACCAUUCCAUUUUUGCUACACAUUGUGAUAAAAAGUGCCUUUUAUGAUGGAUUUGGUAUCUUUAAAGUACAUGAAUUUGAAGCCAGAAUAAGUACACUUAGGGGUUAUUUAAUUUUAUUAAGGGGUAGUGGGGUCAUACGCAUCUUCCAAAGACUCUUCUUUGGCUGUUUUCAAAAUUGUACCGUACUGUAGUGCAACUAUUUUAAAACUUGUAAAUUCUAUAAUGUUACUUUAACAGGCUCAAGAGUAUAUAAUUAUGCUUGCCUAUUUUUAAUAUCUAGCCUCUAUUAUGAAAAUUGUGUAACUAACUAAAAAAUGCAACUCUCCAUUUUAUACCUUGGCAUACAUAUUUACAAUUAACAAAAAAAAACAUUAUAGUAGGCUACGUAAAAUUGACUUUAUUUUAGCAUUAUGACCUACUAACAAUGACAAAAGUUUUUGAAUAGUGCCUGGAGUCAUUUUGUCUAGACUUAUCAAGAUGAUUUAAUUGACAUGUUAGUUUUUUAAGAUCUCCUUUCAAUGUUUCAUAUUAUAUUUUGUUGGUUUUAGAUAAGCUUACCUAGAUUCUUAGGUAAUAUAUGAACUACAGUGAAACAUUUAGUUAGACUGAAGUAGUAGAAUUUUUAGCUAAAAAUAAUCCCGCUCUGUUCUACACUAGAUACUUUAAAUACUUGUAUCUGAAAUGGCGGCCAUACAAAAGUAGGUAUUUUAAGCCAAGUAUGAAGGGUAAUCUUUCCCUCAUAUUAUACAGAUUGAAAUAUGCAAUUGGUCUCAGUCUCAAUUUAAUAGUUAUCUCAAGGUUGUCUUGAUGACUGAGUUUAAUUUUACUAAUUGUUUGAAAGUCCUUUUGAGGUUUUAUUAUAUUUUUUAUACAUUAUUAGAUUUUAUUAUGUUUUACAGCAUUUUGUAUAAGAGAUAAAUUAAAAUGAGUAUUUUUAGAAAUGUAUACAAUACAAUCAAUGCUCAAAGUGUGCCUUAAUGUCUUCCAGCUGUGAAAGUUCCCUCUUAAACAUAAAUUGAUCAAUAAUAUUUUCAGUAUUAUCAUAGAUAAAACAUACUCCCUUAGUAGAUUUCUCAUCCUUAUGGAACAGCUGAAGACAAUUUUAUUGUUAGUUCAUGUACGGUUUAUGUAGAGGUCGUGUUUUGUUUACAAUUUGUUUCCCGUUAUUACAGCCAUUUAAAACCUCGUUUAACCAAAUAAUACGAUCUAAUCAUAAACAAUAACUUGUCCCCUAGUUAUAUAACCAAACAGUAAAGCACAAAUCAAGAAAUUAACCCUAAAAUAAUGGAAACAAAGUUUCAUCGACACUAGCGCCUUUGUGUCACGUACAUGAACUAGACACGAAAAACGUGCUUCAAAAUUUACAAUGGGAUGAGAAGUCUACUUGUGUUGGUUAGUCUAUGGUAUUAUUGUUAUUCCUUAUCUACAAUGAUGCAUUUUUCAUGUUUGUUGUACCUGAUUUUUUGUUGUUAUAGAUUUAGUUAGGAAACUAAAAAGAUUAUAUUAAAUGUAGUAGGAUGAAGUGUUAUUAGUUAAAAUUAAUAAGAUAAAAUAAAAUAAAAUAUAAUGAUCACAUCACAUAGGCCUAUACAUUCCUGAAAUGUAAUCGUAAUGAAUACCGUAUUCGUAUUCUAAUUCUAAGUUACAUUUUACAUUAAGUUUGACAUUUUUAGUGGGCCUAUUUCACUUUUUAUGUUUGGGAGAGAGCUUUCUAUCGUCAAUAAUUUAUUGAGAAUGUUAAAAAUUUACAAAUUAGAUUUACAUCAUAUUUUGAAGUUGUGUAUUCAAUUUUUACUACAUAAGUUUAUCAUCAAACUAGCAAUCUAUGACAUUUUCUUGCAUUAUUAUCAAGUUAGAAACUUUUGUAGAUGCCAAAAAGUGUUAUAAAAUGGUUUUAUUCAGAUAACAAGUUAUUAUCAGUAUUUAGAAGACUGUAUUUUAACUUCAACAAUGUGUUCAUCCUUUUUUGUACUUUUGUCAAGAUCUAUUGACUUGAGAAGUUAGUUGUUCUGUGUAUAAAGUAGAAAGUUUUGUAAAAUAUUUUAUAAGUAAUGAACUAUUAAUAAAAUUGUAUUUAUGAAGAAA